AUUCAACCCCACAUUAAAGGGCUUUUGGUUCUGCUCCUCUUGUGCUGCUGCUUCAUUCCCCCCCCAGCCCCCCAUUAGAGCCCACGUUGCCUUUCCCCAUUGCACCCCAAACCCAUUCACCCUACAAGUUGUGACCCCACAACCCCCCCCACUCUGCACCCACCUUCACUCUCCCUUCCCCCCCCUAUAACCAACGUGACUCUGUUUACCGCAGUUAUUUAUAGGGCCGUGCUGGGUACGGGGUGAAGCAGGAGCCCUAUUUAUAACCCCAACCCCACUCAUAGGACUCGGCUUUUGGGACCCCAUGGCCCAGGAAACCUUUGCUUUCUCCUCCUCCGCCCUUCGCUCCCUUCAGGCCCAACGGGAGCUGCUGGAAAGGGAGGAGAGAAGGAGGUUUUUAGCUCGGGAAUGGGCAGCAAUGAGGCUGCGGCCCCACAACCCCCGACCCCAAAGCUACAGCAGUAACAGGAGGCCGCGGUGCUGCCGGGACCCGGCGGUGCAUAAUGCUCUGUAUGCCGGGGAUCUGCAGAGAGUCAAAGGGAUCUUCAAGGAUGAGAGCACGGCAAACAUGGUGCUGGAGACACACAGCGAGGAGCUGCUGUGGGCACCUGAGCAGGGGCUGUGGGUGCUCAGUCCCCGCACACAACACACGUCACCGCUCCGAAUCGCCGCAUCCCGCGGUUACGACGAGUGCGCCCGGCACCUGCUGCUGUGCGGGGCGGACGUGGACGCCGUGGUUGGGGGUCGUGGGGCUUUACACGACAGCGUGGCCGCCCCCAGACCCUCGUGUACCCUCCUGCUUCUCUCCUUUGGAGCUGACCCCAAUUUACUCGGCUCGGACGGCAGCGCCCCGUUACAUCUCUGCACCGCGCCGCACAGCAUCAAGUGCGCUGAGCUCCUAUUGGCCCACGGAGCGCGGGUAAACCUGGCGACGCGGGAGCGCGCCCUGACGGCGCUGCACGUGGCCGCGGGGCGCGGUUUGGCCGAGCACGUGGCGCUGUACCUGAAACACGGAGCCGACCCCGCGCUGCGCAGCCGCCAAGGGGAGACCGCCCUGAACGCGGCCUGUUCCGCUGCCGAACGGCCCCGGGACGCCGCCGCCUUUUGCCUCGUGGUUCAGCGGCUGCUCGAGGCCGGGGCCGACCCUGGUGCAGCGGGGAGGAAAGGCCACACCCCGCUGCAUAACGCCUGUGGGAACGCGCAGCACGAGCUGGUUCGGCUGCUGCUGCGGCACGGAGCUGAUCCCAGCGUUACUAAUGGAGCCGGGGAUUCACCCAUGGACUGUGCGCUCAGAGCUGUGCCCGAGUACAGCCAGCACCGGCCGGAGAGAAACAUCGCGCUGCUGCUGGAGCACGGAGCGGGGCCGGUGCGGCCCAAGAUGCUGAAGUUCUGCUGCUCUCACCCUCCUGCUCUGGAGCUGCUGCUCAACGCCUACGAUCGGAUCCCACCCCCGGACACGUGGCUGGACGCUGUUCCACCGGAGCUGUGGGAGGAGCACCGUGAGUUCUACACAUCCGCCGUCCGCAUGGCGGGGCAGCCCCGCUGCCUGCAGCACUUGGCACGUUGUGCCCUAAGGAGGCACCUGGGAGCCCGAUGUCACAGCGCCAUCCCUGAGCUCUCACUGCCGCCAGCGCUACAACGGUACCUGCAGCUGCCGCUGGAGGGGAUCAUUAAUUGAAUGGGGGGAUCAUUAAUUGAAUGGGGGAAUCAUUAACUGAAUGGGGGGGAUCAUUAAUUGAAUGGG